UCCGAUUAGCAUUAGUCGUUCCGCGGAAGUUGCUAGAGAUAGUUACCUUAAUUGAGAUCAGAAUGAAGUUCAUUGCUGCCGUCUGUGUUUUGUUCGCCCUGCUGGGUCUUGCCUUGUCGGUCAAGGAUCCUCUCUGCAGUCUGCCUGGAAAAACCGAUGGCAAUGGCCUCAUCAAGUGCGCCGCCUUCAUCCCCAGCUUCAGCUACAAUCUGGCAACCAAUUCUUGCGAGGAUUUCAUCUACGGGGGAUGCGGCGGAAAUAAUAACCGAUUCUUAUCUCAGGCUGAAUGCGAACAAAAGUGCAAGGAAUAAAUAUUUGAAACUCUUGAUAAACCCCAUUGAAAAAUAAAAAUAUUAAAAUAAAAAAUAAGUUGAUUAACAGACUAGCAAUAUCUCUGUUUUAAGCAGCAAAACUUAGAAUUAUGGACAGAAUAUAAGUUAUAAAUCCUUAUAACA